AUGGGCUGUGACACAGGCCUCGGCCACCACCUGGCGCUGCGUCUCAAUGAACGCGGGUUUCGGGUCUACGCGACCGUCAUAUCCGAGUCCAGUGCCGGCGCACAGCAGUUGACAUCUAAUGCACGGUUUGCACACAAUAUGCAUGUCAUAGGAAUGGAUGUGACUAAACAUGAUCAAGUUCAAAAGGCAUGCGACUAUGUAAACUUACAUUUAAGUGAAAAUGGCCAUGGUGAUUGCUUGUGGGCGCUGGUCAACAACGCCGCUAUUGUUGACGAUAGCCUUGUCGAGUGGGGAACGCGUGAGAUCUAUGAACACGUAUUUGCCGUAAACAUGUUUGGUGUAAUACGAGUCACUCGCACUUUUUUGCCCCUUAUCCGCAAGUCAAAAGGUCGUAUAGUGAACGUGGUCAGUCCCGCGGGCCACAUAUCUCUGCCACUAUGCGUGUGGUACUCAAUGUCUAAACACGCAAUCAUAGCCUUCUCGGACACAUUACGCCGGGAAAUGCGGUCAUUUGGCGUACGGGUGGCCAUCAUAGAGCCCGGCGGGUUUAGCACCCAGGCUACCAACGAAACGCUCAGGCAUAACAAGUUGUGUCGCACGUGGCAACACACUAGCGACGAGGUGAAACAGGCUUAUGGUCCGAUAAAUGAGCAUGAUCUAAGAGCGAUGAUCAGGGCCAGCAUCGGUAUGUUUCAGCUGAGUACAAAUUUCGAUAUCGCCACCAACGAUAUGAUCGACGCCAUACAGAGCGCUGAGCCCCGGCUCAUGUAUAAACCGACCGAAAGCCUCCUGGUUAAAAUAAUAGUGAUAAUCAUGGAGUGGAUGCCAUCGGGGUGUGAUUAUAGACUGCACGAAUACCACAUUGAAUACAACGAAAACAGUCCACUAGUGGAGCGUCAAAUCAGUCGCCGUGCGUUUGACUUAUCCAUAUCGUCGGCCAUAAGCCGAUCGAUAGAGUGCUCAGAUGUAUGGAAAUACAGGCACCAUAACAAUAACAAUCGCGACAAACGUGGUCAAAAUAAAUAUGGUAACCCAAUCAGCGCUGGCAAUGUUACCAACACCACAGAAAGCACCGGGGCCGGUUGGGUAAUGGCCUCGUGCCUAUUGGUCAACGCGGCGCUGGGGGCGGGUCUACUUAACUACCCGGUGGCCUACGACCGGUUGGGCGGCGUUGGCAUAGCGACGGUCAUACAGUUGGUCAUGCUACUGAUACUGGGCUCGACCAUGUUGGUUCUGGUAUACUGUGCCGAUUUGAACGGGGUCAGCACCUACCAUGGUGUGUUGGAGAGUAUGUGCGGCCAUACGGUGCGGCAAAUGUCGGCCGCGUCGAUCAUGAUCACUUGUUUUGGCAUAUGUGUGACCUUCUUAAUUAUCAUCGGUGACCAGUUUGAUAGGCUGUUCGCCACCUUUUAUGGUCACGAGUUUUGUCGCACGUGGUAUUUAAACAGAAUGUUUACCAUUGUGUUUACCGCGAUGGUGACUAUAUGGCCAAUGUCCUAUUUUCGUAGGCUGGAUUUUUUAAAACACACUAAUCUGCUUGGAGUUUUUGCCACGUUCUACGUAAUCUUCCUAAACGUAUACGAGUACUACCGGCUGGACAUAGAGCCCGGGCCCAUACGUACGCGCCCGGAAAGUGCCAUGAGUUUCAUGGCUGCGCUACCAGUGGUGUGUUUUGCGUACCAAACCCACGAAAUAGUAGUGCCAGUUUACGCUUGCCUAUCCGUACGUAGCACAGGUCAAUUUGCCAAAAGUACCGGGCUGGCUCUGGCAGUGCUCUACGUGGUGUAUUGCCUGAGCGGUACGUAUGGCUAUUAUACGUUUGGCGGUACAGUAGCGCCAGAUGUGAUGCAAAUGUAUAACCCGUUGGAUCCGGUGGUUAGUGCGGGAAUUGCGGCACUUAUUAUCAAGAUGAUUACCACGUACCCGCCGGUGAUUUUUUGCGGCAGGGACACUUUUGUGGGACUGUUUUGCAAGGAACCAGAACCCAUACCCAUAGACCAACCAUACAAUUCCCGGGAAUAUUGGCUCAGGGUGGUCAUAACCAGCACGUGGAACAUGGUGGCCCUGGUACUGGCCCUUGUCAUACCCAACAUAACAAUUGCUAUCGGCUUUCUGGGCUCAUUGGCCGCGUGCAAUGUUUUUAUAUUUCCUGGUCUAUGUAUGACUGCUUUAGCCAAACUUAAUUUAGAGUCGGACCACGGUUAUCUGGCCACUCUACACCAUCAUCAAUCAACAUCAAAUGGUUUAGACAGUAGUAAGCCUACUGGACUGGUCACCCGGUACUUAACCCGAGCGCUGUACGCGUACGGACAAGCCGCCCCUCCAGCUCCUAUUCGGUUCACUCCCGGAAGCGGAAGUAAACCAAUUAAGACCGAAUCGUUCGAUCAAACGUUUCCCAACGAAUCCCAACUGUUCGCUGCCUUAUGUCGCCGUCACGGCAUGUCUUGGCCCACAACCAUAUCGUAG